CUUCGUAACACCGGUAGCCAAACACUUAACCUUUUCCGUCGUCGCACUUCAGCUCCUCAUUGAAAGAGUCAAGACUCCACACCGUCUGUAACCAGCCCUCCAAUAUGCGCACCAAGACGCCAUGGUCGGCCUUCGUGGCCGGUGUCCUCGUUUCGGCGCCUCAAUCUGCCCUGAGCCAGAAUACACCGUACGAAAACCUCGUCUUGGCCGACUGCGGCAUCGGGCUUGGACACAACGGCGGGGCGACAUCGCAGGAGAUGAUCUACUACUCGGGCGACGUGUGGACAGGCAACGGCGACGCCACGCACAGGCCUACCCACAUGGCCAACGUCCCCUGGAGGGGGUGGUAUCCCUGGGGACCGCAGGGCGGCAAGGCCAACAUGCCCAACGGCGACGAGUGGAGCGUCUGGAUCAACGACAAGAUCAAGGACCCCGGCGCGGCCGGUGACGCCUAUCACAAGUACGAGCCGGACAAGCCGCUCAAGUGCUACUCGUACCACAAGGACAAGGUGUACCAGCUGGCCGACGGCAAGUGGUGCUCGAGCGCAUACGUGUGCAACCAUCGCGGCACGCCCAAUCCCAAAUCCGGCAACGGUGGCGGUGGCAACGGCGGCGGCGGCAAGGACAGACUGGAAAUCACGAGCUCGACCAACGGGGAUGCUGUCGAGCUGUACGCGACCACGGCCAAGCGGAUCAUGGCCACAGUCAAGAACACCUUCAGCGCCAACAGCAACGCGUGCGACAAUACGGCCAUCGGUAUCGGGUCCAACUGCAAGAUCAGGUGGGAGUGCCACACGCCCGACUCCAAGAACAAGUCGCUCUUCGAAAUGGCGGCCGCGCUCGACGCCAUGGCCAGCAUGAAGCAGUUCUCGACCGAGCGGGACUCGAAAACGCAAAUCUGCAGAAGGCCCGACACGCGACCCGGUAAGGAGGGCCAGUGCAUGCAGUGGGAGGAAAAGGUGGACCACUACGUCAAGAUCCCCAAGUCCAUCCAGACCACCAUGUCCAACAUCCCGCCCGACGGCUCCGGCCGCAACCCGAGUGUGCACGGCUGGAUGAACUACGACAUCACCUGCGACAAGUCGGGCCUGGAGUGCGCCAUCUGCAACGCCAUCGGCACUGCGCUGACAGUUCCGUCCCCCUCCACUGGUGUCACUAUUCUGCUUGGCUGCCAGGCCGCCUGCAGCUAGGGUGGGUUUG